AUGGCAGACGACGACCGCUGCCAGUUGUGCGGCGCAUGUGAUUCUUGGCGGCACGCGCUACUGGACUGCUCUAUGUCCCGGUGUGUGUGGGCACUGUUAGACGAAGAAGUAACGGAACACGUUAGCCGGUCGGACGAUGGCGAUGCAAGGGCGUGGGUCGCAGGUUUGAUCCAAUCCUUGAAGCAUGAUGAUCUUACGAAGGUGCUGGUGACACUAUGGGCCAUAUGGCACGCAAGAAGAAAGGCGAUACACGAGCAGAUAUUUCAGAGCCCUCUUUCGGUUCAUAUGUUCGUGGAGAGUUUUGUAUCGGACCUGAAAAGGUGCGAGGAUCUGAGGAAGAAACAGCCAGCUACCGCCCCGGAGCAGCGGACGCCGGGAUGGAUCCCGCCACCUAGGGGGAUGAUCAAAAUCAAUGUGGACGCUGCGGUGGGCAAGAAUGGCGGUCGAGGCACGGUGGCGGCAAUUGCCAGGACGGAGAAUGGAGGGUUUAUGGGGGCAUCGACGCUCGUGCUCCCGGGAAAGUCCAGCGCCGAGAUUCUGGAGGCUCUGGCUUGUAGGGAGGCUUGCGCCCUUGCAAAGGAUAUACACGUCAGGAGGAUCAUGGUGGCAACGGAUUGCAUGAAUGUUGUCACUAGCUUGGCCGAGGGGACUCUCGGUAGUUAUGCUCACAUAGUGAGAGAGAUUAGGGAGUCCAAGGGCGACUUUGAUGCUCUUGAGUUCCACCACGAAGCUAGGAGUUCGAAUAAAGAAGCACACUGUUUAGCUAGGAGUGCAGUUUAUGAUGCACCAGGCCGCCGGGUGUGGCUACGCGCCGACGCCCGCGUGAGGAACGGCCUGGGCCUCGACCUUUUUCAGGUGGACAGAAAUCAGGAGACUGGAGAAUGA